GCAGCACUGACGCGGCAGGGCCGUGGGGGUUGGUAACGUCAAACGCGCGCUGGUCAUUAAAGACUCGUCCGUGGCGGAGCGUCGAGGUUCGGCUGACACUUGGAGCUAGGGACUUGGUACUUUGCUGCCGCUCCGGUAGAGAUGGCGCACCGCAAGAAGGUAUCGAAGCCGACGUCCAGAUACGUGGACAACGAUUUCCCGGCAGGAAACUUUUCCCUCGGUCGAGAGGAUUUCUACGACUUCAUCGACGAUCAACACUACGGCUGCCUGUCGCCGCAUCGGCUGGCUUCUCAGUUCACACGCCAGAUAAAAUCAUGUGGUAUAGAUUUUGACUACGUGUAUGAUGAGUUCCUGCUGGAUCUCGACAGCCGUGAGAACAUUCAAAAGUCUGCGGUGAAACUGUUUGCAUGCGAUGAACCAAAAGCUAGACCUCUUUACAAGCAGUUCAAUGAGGCUACCAGAGCAGCACUCCAGAGAGAGAUGUCGCUACGUUCCUACAAAUUUGGAUUAUUUUUCUGGCUUCUGAACUGCAUCUACGAGAAGAGGAACACCUGGAGGCAAACGAGACUUUAUCGCGGUGUUAAUUGCGAGUUCAAUUUCUCUCUUAGGAACAGUGUGUUUAGCUUCAACCAGUUUGUGUCUUUCUCGGGACAAAAAAACAUAGCCAUGAAGUUUCUGAGUGAAGGAGGCACAUUGUUCUUCAUUGACGGUGUCUCUCAGAUGCCCAUAUCAAGGUAUUCUCCGUUUCCUUCUGAAGACGAGCAUCUCAUUCACCCUGACCAGGCCUUCAAGAUAGUUAAUGUGAGCAUGUGUGACAAUUUAGCUGUAGCACAACUCAAAGUACACAAUUAAGUGGUGUUUUAGGUAUAAUUUUAUAUUAGAGAACAAUAAUAUUCAUCAUUUUACUUAUGAAAAAAUUAACAAAUAACUAGACCCAGAAGUUUUAAGAAAAAAUAAAAUUAUUUACUCAUAUAUUCUGUUUUGAACAAUAUGUAAUGUACUCUUAAGCGAGUCCUUAAAAUUCAAUCAACGAGAAGGAAGACUUGAAUUAGUCACUAUGAGUGUUUGUUUUAUAUUUUAGUGGAACGUAAGAUAAACAAUGAGAAAGUACAACUAAAGAUUUUAAUGUGUUUUUAUACCAAAUAUUUAAACAUUUGUAUUCAUGUUUGUUACUUAAAAACUUAACGAAAUUAAAUAAUUAUAUUAAUGUUACAUGGUGGAAGAUACCAAUUGUAAUAUAUAUAAAAAACGUUUCUGCAUCCACCAAGCAUGAAAUAAGUGGGAAAACAAUGUUUGUGAAUUCUUUUUUUUUAAGUUUUGAAUAAAUUUCUCAUACAAA